AUUAAAAUUUAAGUAAUGCGCGAGGAGCAUAGCGAAUGUGGUGAUCGGCGCUGCUGUUCUUUACUCGCUGUCUGCUCGAUCGCUGUUAUGGCGGCCGUGUCUGAAGCUCAGGCUCAGCUGGAAGCCGCUCUACUGGAAGUUACUGGCCAGGCCGAGAAAGAACAACUCAUCCUCCAAUAUCUUCGAAAGAUAGAUGACGGGGAAACUGAUAUAAAAAUCCCUGAGUUUGCUGAAGGUCUGGAAUGGGUGAACACUGAAACUCCUCUCCUCCUACACAAAGACCUUUGUGGUAAAGUGGUGAUACUGGAUUUCUUCACUUACUGUUGCAUCAACUGCAUGCACUUGCUGCCAGACCUUCAUGCUCUAGAAGAGAAGCACUCUGAUAAAGAUGGACUAGUAGUUGUUGGUGUUCAUUCAGCAAAGUUCCCAAAUGAAAAGGUUCUUAAGAACAUUCAGAGUGCUGUCCUUCGCUAUAAUAUUACCCAUCCUGUUGUGAACGAUGCUGAUGCAAAAUUGUGGCAAGAGCUUGAGGUGACAUGUUGGCCAACACUCGUAAUUCUAGGUCCACGAGGAAAUAUUCUGUUCACUCUGAUUGGAGAAGGACAUAAGGAAAAACUUUUUUCCUUUAUUUCAGUGACUUUGAAGUACUACAAAGAAAAAGGAGAAAUUAAGGAUCAUGCCAUCAGAUUGAAAUUAUACAAAGAUUUUUUGCCACCUUCAUCAUUGCUUUUUCCGGCUAAAAUUGCAGUAGACAAUGCUACAGGUAGACUAGCAAUUGCUGACUCUGGCCAUCAUAGGAUUUUGGUGACCGACAAAAACGGAGAAAUUCUUCAUGCAGUUGGAGGACCAAAGAGCGGAUGGAAAGAUGGGAGCAUUUUUGAAGCUAGUUUUAAUUCUCCUCAAGGAGUAUUGAUAAAGGGUGAUAUCAUCUAUGUGGCAGACACCGAGAACCAUGCAAUAAGAAAGAUUGACCUUACAUCAGAAACGGUAAGCACAAUAGCAGGAACAGGAGUUCAGGGAACUGACCAUGAAGGUGGUAGGACAGGGCUGGAACAAUCAAUCAGUUCACCAUGGGAUCUAGCUUUUGGCACCUUUGACAGUACCAAAGAUAGUCUUCUGUUUAUUGCAAUGGCCGGAACUCAUCAGAUAUGGGUCAUUUUUCUAGAAGAUGGAAAGCUUCAAAGUGGAACAGAGUACAAGAAGGGAACAUGCAUUCGUUUUGCUGGGAGUGGCAAUGAGGAAAAUAGAAACAAUUCUUAUCCUCACAAAGCAGGUUUUGCUCAACCAUCGGGUCUGUCUGUAGCUCUUCCAGAAUGGAAUUGCAUUUUCGUUUCUGACAGUGAGAGUAGCACAAUCCGCUCUGUAUCUCUGAAGGAUGGUGCUGUAAAAAACCUUGUGGGAGGAGAAAGGGAUCCUCUGAAUCUAUUUGCUUUUGGAGACCUGGAUGGUAUUGGAGUAAAUGCAAAGUUACAGCACCCUCUUGGAGUGGCUUGGAAUGAAAAGAGGAGUCUGCUUUAUGUAGCAGAUUCUUAUAACCACAAGAUCAAAGUAAUAAACCCGAAAACAAAACAAUGUACUACACUAGCAGGAACUGGCAAACCAAACAAUGUAAUUGGCCCUAAAUUCAACCAAGUUGCAUUCAAUGAGCCAGGAGGUGUGUGUGUUGGUGAACAUGGGGAUGUACUAUAUGUGAUGGACACAAACAAUCACGAGGUCAAAGUUCUUGAUUUGGAAAUGCAGACAGUCUCUGUGUUGGCAAUCACUGCUGUAGUUGCUGCGGAUGCUUCCAAAUCUGCAAAACCGAAGAAGGUUCCUAAGUUACCAAAUUCUGCAGAUUCAGUGCAAAUGGCUCCAUUGGUUGUAUCAUCUGGUCAGACUGUGCAGUUCUGCCUAAAGAUUGAUCUUCCAGAAGGAGCAGAACUUACAAAGGGAGCACCCAGUUACUGGGCACUCUUUGCAGAAGGGCAUGAAUGGCUGUUUGCUGAACAGAAUACCAGUGGAAAAAUUGUUGAUCUUGCAAAUAAACCUGAAGUGUUCCUUGUCAUUCCUGCUCAAGUAAAGACAAAUGAACUUUUGUUAUCUAUAGAUGUGUGCCUCUAUUUUUGUAAGAAGAAUGACAAUAGCUGCCAAAUGAAAGGAAUUUCAUUUCAACAACCAUUGCAAUUCUCCAACAUUUGUCAAGGCACUAUUUCAAAAGUGAACCUUUCUUUCAGCUUUUAAACAAAUAUCUUAAAGAAUAUCUCUCAGAGAUACUAAGAUCAAACAAAAAUAUAUCUUUUAGCACUAUACUAUAAAUGUCUUAUUAAACAUUAUUUUUGAGAGUUAAAUAUUGUAGCAGAUUAACAAAUUGUUGAUUUGUUAAUAGUUACCAGAGUUUGAAUCCAGCCCAGUCUGAUAAAUUGAAAAUCUUGGUGCAACUUUGUACAAUCUAAAUCCAGGCCCCAUUCAUUAUGGGCCUACUGUAGCAAAACUCUUGGCAUAAAUGGCAUUGAAGUUGGAAAUUUUGCAUGCUCCACAAAGAAGGCUGGGUUCAGAAAUCGACAUAUCACAGCAUGUCAGUACAGAGAUUAAUCUCUCACGGUUGAAGUUGGGACACAUUUGUAACAAACUCGAAGGAGCUUUACUCUGCAGUUAGCUGUGCUGUACUGACCAAGUGAGUUUAAAGUUGGCGACAGUACCUAUAAUGGAAAAAUAUAUAAUUCCCCAACAUAGGCCCCACUUGCUUUGCUAAACACAAUGUUUACAAGACUUUGAAUAAUUUUAAAAGAAAAUCCAUACAAGGCAAUUUGACUUCUAAAAUAGAAAAGAAUUGUAAUCAUGUUUCCUGAUGAAAGGGGUUUUUUUUGGGUAUUAAAGUAUACUAUACAAGUAAAACUAAGAAAAAUGCAUUUAACUAGAGUUAAUGACAUUCUGUCCAAAUUCUCAAGAAGUGAAAGAACACUUUGCAAUCCUCAUUUGAGCUUUUAGGUAUAGCCAAUAACCAAUAGAAACUGGUUAGACCAUUAAGAGUGCUUAGUGCACUGUCUCAAUUGUAAUCAGUACUUUUAAAAUGCAAACAGCUGUUGCCUAGACUUGGAGUGAUAAAGUGCCAUAUAAAAUCUUGAGUGCGCUGACAUAAUUUUCUUAAGUUUACAAAUUCCAAAACCUUUGUUUUUUUUAGUUUAUUAUUGUUUAAGCUUCCACGAAUGAACAAAUGAAUUGGAUGAAAAUGAAAGAAAUAUUGUAUGUAUUUAAAUCAGAUUAUGAAUAAUGGCAUAUUGAAAAAUUUGUUCAUGUUGAUAAAUGAAAGCAGAAAGCACUUUGAGUUCUGAUAAAAUCAAGUGUAUGAUUUGUAAGCCUAAACAGUAUAUAGUUUUGUCGAUUAUGAUCAGCCAAACCUUCUUUUGACAAUACGUAAUUAAUCUUCUACUCUUACAGUAUUUGAGUUUUGCAAAUUAAAAACAAAGUGAAUAUAGUGCUUUCUGUUUACUUUUUGCUUGUGAUGUACAUUUUGUCACAUAGCCUUGUAUUUUAUAUACAUUUUGCUGCACUGUAUGAAAAAAAGGAUCUUUAUAUUUCUUAAGUUGAAAUGAGCAAACCUAGAAUGUUCAGAAUUCUUUCCACAGAACAAAUUCAUUACAUAAUUGCUGGGUAUAUUGAAGGCAUAAAGUUGACUGUCUUUUUAUGUAAAAGGGACAUUCUACUGUCAAGUCUGCAAAUACUUGUGAAGUAAAUUUACUUAGUCUCAAACCAUAUUUUCAGUUUUGUACAAAUGGCAAUGCUAAAACCUUUGGGAGGUGCAAACUUAUAAAAUAAUGAAUUAGUAAGUACUAGUAAGUGUCCUCUCUCUCCUGUUAAGUCACUCAGUUCAGGGGCAAUUAGAAAUAGGCAAAAAUUGCUAGUGUUAACAAAUUUAAGUAAGGGAGCACCAUCAGUAAGAGAACAACUUCACCUGAGUGGGGCUGUAUUCCUGGGAAUUUAGUUCAAAAUGGGAAUUCAGUACAUAGGGGGAAAAGAGGUGCUCUGAGUAAAAUUUACUAAAAGAAGUAAAAUUUGCUGAAUGGAGAGAAGGAGAAUUUUGUUUCUUCUACUUUUAUUUCAGUAUUUGAUUUUCAGUUUUGGCCAACAAGAGGAACAUAUAAAUUAACAACUAGUAUUAUUGGAAUCUAUAGGCUUUAUUGUAAAUUGUAGUGACAGUGCCAAAAUGUUCUAUGUGAUGUCAGCUAUAUAACAAAAUAAAUGAUUAACAGAUUACCUGUCCUGCCACAUCUAAUGUGCUGCAUUUGCAAAAUGUGAAACCUCCUGGAUGUCAUUGUGAUCCAAAAUGAACGUACCUGGGAAUUAAAUGCAAGAGAGAAGAGGUUAUGCGUUGGUUAUGUGGGGCAUUAGUACCAUUUACUGUACUUAUGUAAGGAUGUUGAUGCAUUGGAAGUAAUAACUCACUAAUUCCUGGAAUAAGAGGACUGCCUUAUGAAGAAAGGCUAGAUAGGUUAGACCUGUAUCCUGUGAGAUUUAGAAGAGUCAGAGGUGACUUGAUCGAAACAUACAGGAUCCUGAGGGGACUUGAUGGGGAUGUCAACAGAAUGCUUCCUCUUGUGGAAGAAUCUGGAACUAGGGGGUCUUGGUUUAAAAAUAAGAAGUUGCUCAUUGAAGACAGAUGAGGAAACAUGUUUUCUCUCAGAGGGUUGAGAGUCUUUGGAAUCCUUUCCUCAAAAGGAUGUGGGUGCAGAACCUUACCCAUUUUUAAGGCAGAGGCUGAUAGAUUCUUGAUUACUUGUGAAUUGCAGCAUUUACAUUAAAAUCAGAGCAGCCAUUAUCUUACUGAAUAGGAAAGCAUGCUCAAAGGCUGAGUGGCGUACUGUUCUUCCUUGUUUAUAUGUUCAAAUCUGUGUUAAGUGAUAUUUGAUUUGAUAUCUGUUUGAUAAAUUUUUCAUAUGUCUUGGCUAAAGCUGGAUGUAUAAAACAACUGCUUUUGUGAAAAGUAGAUAUUUCUGAACAGUUCUGAGCUGUUACCUCAAUAUAAGGAAUUCAUUUUUAAAGUUCCAGUCCAGAAGUAUUUGGUUAAAACUUUGAAGGGAUUAUUUGAGGCUGAGCAAGUCUAUGUUCACUUCUGUAAAGCCCCAAGAAACAGGCGAUCAGAUAUUGAAACAUUGGAUAAGCCAAAACCGAUGUAUACCAGAGCAGGGAAUUCUCUGUCUACUAUAAAGGAGUACUGUGAAGAUUAAUAGGUUUGUAUUUUACUGUUUCAAAAUAUUUAAACCAGUGUUAGAUGUAAGUAAUUUGGUUUAUUCUAUUUUAUCUUCAUUUACUUUGCAUGAUGAACUGCUGUUUUGCUCCUAAAACCAAAUUGAAGCAUUGUGUACUUUUGUUCAAGUGUGAGACCACCUGAUUAAAACCCCCCAAAAAAUUCCAUCAAAGCCAAGUUUCAGUCUGGGAUCUGACUUGCCCAUCACAACUGCCGGGAUUACAACAAUGGAAAAGUCUUCCCUCUUUUUGGUGAGUCCAGAUUAAGGGAUGCUUUUAAAAUUAGAUAUUGUCCUUAUAGGACAGAUGGAGGGUAUUUUCUCUUGAGAGUUGUGUGACAUUGGAACCCCCUGCUUCAGAAGAUGGUGGGAGCAAUAUAAUUUGUAUAUGUUUAAUAUUUUUAAGGCAGAGUUAGACUUUUGUUAGGCAAGGGAAUCAAAGGUUAAUGAGGACAGAUGGGAAUAUAGAAUUCAGAACACAAACACUUCAGCUCCCAGUUUGUAAGUUUGAUGCCCACAUCCCCUUAAAGAAUAAAAGAAAAUUGAAGUUUUUUUUUAUUCAACUAGUAUGUUGAAACCAAAUCAUGGCAGUAAGUUUUAUUUUUAAACUGAUGAAUUUUUUUUUGUAGGAACACACUACCCAAAGACCUGAAGUGUAGUUAUGUUGUUUGUUGACAAUAUUGUUCAGACUGUGCCCAUUACAGAUCGUUUUGGUGGCUGACAUAUUAAAUAAUUGUACAAAACAGGAAAGAGUAAAACCUGAAAUCAGCCAAGGUAAUUUUUUGUUUUUAGUCCCUUUAAAUAUUUAUUGAAACUGGUAUUGGGGCUGUGAAUAGCCCACCAGUUUUCUGCAUGUAUGCUUAUUCCUGGUUGGUACAUCAUCUUUAAUCAGAAUGUGACAUCCUUGAAAUUCACCUGUUCCAGAUUCAAGUGCAAAAUAGAGAUUCCCAAAUGUGGAAAAUUAUUUAGUAAGGUUGCCUCUCUUGUUGCCACAGCCAAGAAUCUCUCAUUCAGUUUAUCCAGUUACAUGGUAUUUUCUAGAGCAAUAGUUGUAUAAAUGACAUGCUUGUAAUAUGUAUAAUAUAUUAAAUGUGCUAUGUUGUGUAUUCCUUAUUUGGACACUGCACUUCAAUGAUACACACAAGCAUGUAUCUGCGCUCUUAUACCACUAGAUGGAGAUUUCAAGGCUCCUGACACAAGAAAUCUCCAUAUCUAUCCUUAUGGCAUCAUUAGUAAAUUAUGAGCUGGGCUGGAUAUCUCAGGUGGUUGGAGUAUAGUGUAUUAAUAACGCUGACCACACAAUUUCAAUCCCUGGACUAGUUGAGGUACUACUUGUGAUAUUCUAGCAUCAGUCAGUCAUGGUUAGCAGCCCUCAGAAAAACAAGGUUGGAAAAUGAGGAAAAAACAAGUAACUUUUAUAAGGAAAUUUUGCUUUGUCUUUAUUUUCCAUAAGAUAGGCUAAGAUCAAUCCAUAGGUACAAAACAGAAUAGGCAUUGGGCUCAAUAGUCUGAGGUUAUCUAUACUGUACAUAAGUAAUUGUAGGUAAUUUCAACAAAUGAUUUUUAUUUAAAAACAUAACUUUACCUGCUACUGCUAUUUAAAGAGAAAAAUAUCGGAAUUACUUAUGCAAAUAAGAAUCUUUGUAACUUUGGAUUGUAACAUCAACAUAAGUGACAAACCAGCCUUCAGAGUCCAGAAGUCCUGUCAGUAAUUUAUACAACUUCUCAGCUGACCUAACCAUUUUAAAAGUCAGCCUUUUAUGCAUUCAUGUUAAUUCUCAAUAGCUUACUAUUAUUUGAUAUUGAAUUGAUAUCCAUACAUUUAUGACUUUCCAUGGAGUCUCACCUUCCUGUUCUGUAGCUUAUUUGUCUAAUAAAUAUAUCUUGUAUCUUGCCUUGCCAAUUAAAAGCAUUCUAGUCUCAAA